AUGGCUGAGGAGAAGCACCACCACCACCUCUUCCACCACCACAAGGAGGAGAAGCCCCUGGAAGAGGCUGUGUAUUCUGAGACCACUUACGUAGGUGAUGGCAUGGGCGGUGUCUCAGGUAUGGAGACCACCGUGGUUGCCACCUCCACUGAGGAUUACGAGAAAGAGGAGAAGCACCACAAGCGCAUGGAACACAUGGGCGAGCUAGGUGCUGCCACUGCUGGUGCUUUUGCUCUGCACGAGAAGCACCAGGCUAAGAAAGACCCUGAGCACGCUCACAAGCACAAGAUUGAAGAGGAGAUUGCAGCAGCAGUUGCAGUGGGGAGUGGUGGAUACGCUUUCCACGAGCACCAUGAGAAGAAAGAAACAAAGAAGGAAGAUGAGGAAGCUCAUGGCAAGAAACACCACCAUCUCUUCUAAGCUUCUCGAUCUCUAGGCU